AGGAUCAUCUUACACCGGAUAGAUCUCCCACAAUGUUGUGUGUGUAAAGAGGAGGAGGUUCUCAAUGAAACAGAACCACAGAGGAACCAACUCAUCUCUCAUGGCUCUGCAGAAACUGAGAGCCAGAAUCAGGAAGGAAUCAAUUCUGAAGACCCAGGAAAAAAGAGAAAGGAAGAACAAAAACAAAAGGAGAAAUAUGAGAAAACCAAAGAGCAGAAAGGCAGAACUGACACUUCAAAACAAAAAAAGCACAAGAAAGCUCACGCAGGGCAAAAAUUAUAUUCUUGUAAAAUUUGUGAUAAAACCUUUUCUCGAAACGAUAUCUUGCUGAGGCACAGAAGAAUUCACAGAUAUGAGCGGCCUUUUUCUUGUGGGACUUGUGGAAAGAGUUACAGUAACAGAGGGACUUUAACUCAUCACAUGAGAAUUCACACAGGUGAGAAGCCUUUCUCAUGUGGAUCCUGUGGAAAGAGUUUCUCUCGAAAGGACGCUCUAAAUGUCCACAUGAUAACUCACACAGAUGAGAAGCCUUUCUCUUGUGGGACUUGUGGAAGAAGUUUCUCUCAAAAAACUUAUUUAAAUGUUCACAUGAGAAUUCACACAGGUGAGAAGCCUUUCUCUUGUGGGAUCUGUGGAAAAAGUUACAGUGAAAAAGGGACUUUAACUCAUCACAUGAGAAUUCACACAGGUGAGAAGCCUUUCGCUUGUGGGAUCUGUGGAAAAAGUUACAGUGAAAAAGGGACUUUAACUCAUCACAUGAGAAUUCACACAGGUGAGAAGCCUUUCUUCUGUGGAUCCUGUGGAAAGAGUUUCUCUCGAAAGGACUUUCUAAAUGUCCACAUGAGAAUUCACACAGAUGAGAAGCCUUUCUCUUGUGGGACUUGUGGAAGAAGUUUCUCUCAAAAUACUAAUUUAAAUGUUCACAUGAGAAUUCACACAGGUGGGAAGCCUUUCUCUUGUGGGUCUUGUGGAAGAAGUUUCUCUCAAAAAGGUUCUUUAAAUGUUCACAUGAGAAUUCACACGGGUGAGAGGCCUUUCUCAUGUGGGACUUGUGGAAAACGUUUCUCUCAAAAAGGUGAUUUAAAUGUUCACAUGAGAAUUCACACGGGUGAGAAGCCUUUCUCAUGUGGGAGCUGUGGAAAAAGUUACAGUAACAGAAGUAAUUUAUCUCGUCACAUGAAGACUCACUCUGAUGAGAAUCCAUAGGUCCAAAACAGAUCCGAUCCAAUUUGGCAUCUAAUCCUAUGGAAAAUCUGGUCAGAUGAUGUAAACAGCAAGUUGAACAUAUUAAAGUCAACAGAUUCUUGCAGGCUGCUAGUGAUUCACUGUGAUUGUGUCUUUCACUGUCUGACCAAAAUAAACCUGAGGUCUACUUUUGCCUAUCAGCUUGUUUUCCUUAAUCCAGUUUUUUGUUUUAAUUCUCAGUCGUAUUUGUACUUAAGAUCCCCAUCAGUAUCCCAUUAGAUACUGAAGUUAAAGAGGGGAACACAUUCAGACAGGAUUAAUUUCUGUGCAUUUCAGUUUUCAUGGAGUUCUGUACCAUGUAGAAUAGUUGAGUUUAGCUUUUAUUUGAAGUUUCUGUGUAUGACUGGAUGUAAAAUACUUUAGA